GUCCACCACAUUAGGGUAUUUUGGUCAUUCAGCUGCCUUGAAAAAUCCUCAAUCGCCCGCCAACUAAAGCCCUCGGUCCGAGCUCAGUGCAUCAACAACCCAACGGCGCACAUUAUCAAAACGCAGGCUACUGAAUUAUUUUACUCUUUUGCCCCUGCAGAACCGCUGGCAUUUGUCUCGGUCGUCGUUGGGGGCUCUCUUGGUUUUCUUGGACACACGGAGUGGCCUAGAAAAUCUAGGAUUGUUUUCCCGGGAAUUUUUGGGUCUGGUAAGAAAUUUAGGGUAUAUUUUCACUUCCGGAAGGUUCCAAUGGGCCAUUUGCUAUUGUGAACGUUGUCUGGUGAAGUCCCAACACAGUUGGGGCUAUUUAUGAGCACGAGAUCCCGAAAAUCGGAACAGGAAGUGGGCAGAGUAGGCAGGAGAUAGAUGGACCCUGCCCUGAAAUAUGCCAUGUUGUUAAUCCUUCUUGGAUGGGUGAUUUGGGAUGUUUUCCCAGUUUCUAGUUUAGUGAACGCUUCUCCUGCAAAACAUGAUUUUGGGCAUUGUGAAAGAACUGUGAAAAAAUGGGCAUCUUCUUCGCUUGAUUUAGAAGUGAAAGAAGACAAACAUACACUUCAAGAUUUGCUGUUUUUCCUCCAUGUCCCAAGAACAGGAGGCCGAACAUAUUUCCACUGUUUCUUGAAAAGGCUGUACCCUAGUUCUCUGGAAUGUCCGCGUUCUUACGAUAAGCUGCGAUUUGAUCCUAGCAAACCAAAUUGCAGGUUGUUGGUUACUCAUGAUGAUUAUAGCAUGAUGUCUAAGCUUCCCAGGGAGAAAACUUCAGUAGUUACAAUUCUGAGGAAUCCACUUGAUCGAGUCUUUAGCGCUUAUGAAUUUUCAGUAGAGGUUGCAGCUAGGUUUUUGGUGCAUCCUAACUUAACUUCUGCCAAACAAAUGGCUCUACGCAUACGUUCAAAAACUAAAGGAGUAAGUACACUGGAUAUUUGGCCAUGGAAGUAUUUGGUUCCAUGGAUGAGAGAUGACCUCUUUGCUCGGAGAGACGCUAGAAAGGACAAGGGUCCAAAUUAUGUUAAAGGCAAUGAUUCGUACAACAUGGAAGAGAUUGUCAUGCCAUUACAUGAAUACAUUAAUGAUCCUAUUGCUCGAGACAUUAUUCACAAUGGAGCUACAUUCCAGGUUGCAGGACUAACAAACAACUCUUAUUUAGCGGAAGUGCAUGAAGUACGUCAUUGUGUACAAAAGUACCAGACUCUUGGGGCAUUUGUGCUUGAAGUUGCCAAGAAGAGGUUGGAUAAUAUGUUAUAUGUUGGCAUCACUGAAGACCACAAGGAAUCUGCAACAAUGUUCGGAAAUAUGGUUGGUGCACAGGUGAUUUCACAGUUGAUGGCAUCGAGCUCUAGCAUGGAGGGUGCUGCUAAUAACUUAUCAGAACAAAGCACUUCUUUUCCUGAUUCCAAGUCUGACAAUAGUCAUCAUCAGGAUCCAAAUAAUAGUACAGGUCAAGAGGCUGGUGAAAUUGAUUCUACAAUUCCAUCAACAGAAAAUGUUGAAACGACAAAGGAAAAUAUAACUGUGGGAGAACUCAUGAAAUCUUAUGAAGUAUGCAUUUCUAGUUUACGAAAAACUCAAUCAUAUCGGCGCACCAAUUCUUUAAAGGCAAUCUCCCCAGCAAACUUUUCAAAGGAGACACGUCUUCAGGUUCCCCAAAUGGUUCUCCAGCAGAUAAUAUCACUCAACAGUCUUGAUGUAGAGCUCUAUAAGUAUGCUCAGAGCAUUUUUGCGAAGCAACACAAACACUUCAUGCGGAAGUUGGAUACUACAGACAUGCAGGAGAGCAUAUUCGACAUUGCUUAUGACAACCCUCUUUGGAAAGUUGUUUCGUUAGCCAUUUCCCUGGUCUGUCUUCUUUUGCUCAUCUUUCUAAUUGUAAACGCAAAGAGAAGAACAUCAAAACUUAAAAUAUGAAAUACCAUCCCAUUAUAUGUUUGUGGGAUAUGGACAGAAAAGGUUGCGGGGAAGAAGCAAUGGAAAGUAAGGAUCAUUUUUGUGCUUAUUCAUGGUCAGUCAGUUGCUCAUUACUCUUAUAUUUAAACUAAUCAUGGACUAUUUUUGGUAUAAAUGACUAUUUAUGAUGAGGGGAAGGUAAUAUGGUCAAUUUUUAACAAUAUCCUGUAUUUUUUUUUAUUCUUGUUUGUAAAUUUGAUGCUAUUUUGGGAUUGGAUUGAUAAUGGCGGUUUGUAAGAUUUAGUCAGAUUUAGACACUGUGAACCAGUUUUUAGUUCCUGAAAGCUUUACACAAUGAAUUGGCCACAUUCCAAAUAUGUAAAGAUAUGAUAUUUCCUGUUC